GGUUCGUCCACCCUCUCCCGCAGCCGCCUCCUUUCAACCUUGUCCGCCGGUUGGCGCGGUCUCCGUUGCAGCGGCGACCGUUCCCGUCGGAGCUGCAGCUCUCUCUCUCCCCGCGUUCCUUCCCGCCAGGUCCCGGAGUUCGCCCGCCAUGGCUCUCCUCACUGCGGCAGCCCGGCUCUGGGGAGCCAAGAACUCAUCCUGCGUUGUUCUUGCUGUCCGGCAUGCCAGUGCUUCUUCCACGAAUUUGAAAGAUGUAUUGAGCAAUCUGAUACCUAAGGAGCAGGCCAGAAUUAAAGCCUUCAGACAACAGCAUGGGAAGACAGUGGUUGGCCAAAUCACUGUGGAUAUGAUGUAUGGCGGCAUGAGAGGCAUGAAGGGACUCGUGUAUGAGACGUCGGUUCUCGAUCCUGAUGAGGGCAUACGUUUCCGAGGACAUAGUAUCCCUGAAUGCCAGAAACUACUGCCUAAGGCUAAGGGUGGGGAAGAACCCCUACCUGAGGGCCUGUUUUGGCUGCUGGUAACUGGACAGAUGCCAACAGAGGAACAGGUAUCUUGGCUCUCACAAGAAUGGGCCAAAAGGGCAGCUCUGCCUUCUCAUGUGGUCACCAUGCUGGACAACUUUCCUACUAACCUGCACCCCAUGUCUCAGCUCAGUGCAGCCAUCACAGCCCUCAACAGUGAAAGUAACUUUGCGCGUGCCUACGCAGAGGGAAUCAACCGAACCAAGUACUGGGAGUUGAUUUAUGAAGAUUGUAUGGACCUGAUUGCGAAGCUACCCUGUGUGGCAGCAAAGAUCUACCGGAAUCUUUACCGGGAAGGCAGCAGCAUUGGGGCCAUUGACUCUAAGCUGGACUGGUCCCACAAUUUUACCAAUAUGUUAGGCUAUACUGAUGCACAGUUCACCGAGCUUAUGCGUUUGUACCUCACCAUCCACAGUGACCAUGAGGGUGGUAAUGUAAGUGCCCACACAAGCCACCUGGUGGGCAGUGCCCUUUCAGACCCCUACCUGGCCUUUGCAGCAGCCAUGAAUGGGCUGGCAGGGCCGCUCCAUGGACUAGCCAAUCAGGAAGUGCUUGUCUGGCUAACACAGCUACAGAAGGAAGUUGGCAAAGACGUGUCAGAUGAGAAGUUACGAGACUACAUCUGGAAUACACUGAACUCAGGACGGGUUGUCCCAGGAUAUGGUCAUGCAGUGCUAAGGAAGACUGACCCACGGUAUUCCUGCCAGAGAGAGUUUGCUCUGAAACAUCUGCCUAACGACCCUCUGUUUAAGCUGGUUGCUCAGCUGUACAAGAUUGUGCCCAAUAUCCUGUUAGAGCAAGGGAAGGCCAAGAAUCCUUGGCCCAACGUAGAUGCUCACAGUGGGGUGCUGCUCCAGUACUAUGGCAUGAAGGAGAUGAAUUACUACACGGUCCUGUUCGGAGUGUCGAGGGCACUGGGUGUGCUGGCACAGCUCAUCUGGAGCAGAGCCCUAGGCUUCCCUCUAGAGAGGCCCAAGUCCAUGAGCACGGAUGGUCUGAUGAAGUUUGUGGACUCUAAGUCAGGGUAAAACGGGAGAUUGCGGGAAACUGACUAUAAGAAAACGAGGAAGCUUAAAAUAAAGUAUAAUUUUGUUUUGUUUCAGGGGCCUUUAAGACUUAAGAUUAACCUGUAUCCGAGGCACUGAAAAUACAUUUGAAGUUAAAAUAUAAAUUAAGACUUAAAAGAUGAAAAGCAACCCCUUCUUCCCUCACCAGCUCACUUCCCUCCCUGGUAUGAGUUGUCUACCGACUGUAGGAUGACCAGGACUAAUGCAUGUGGUCAGGUUAGAUCUGGCUACCCACCGUCUCUAGAGUGAGAGUCUGGCUGGUCAGGUUAGAUCUGGCUACCCACCGUCUCCAGAGUGAGAGUCUGGCUGGUCAGGUUAGAUCUGGCUACCCACCAUCUCCAGAGUGAGAGUCUGGCUCCUCUUGUUUAGGUCAAAGCAGGUUACAGAAAAGCUACAGUCACUCUGUGAAGCUUUGCUUCUACCCUACCAGCCCUCUGAGCCACUGAGGCCAGGGCCAGGCCCCGUUUGUUUCCAUAGGAAUCACGUUGGGUAUCAGCUGUGUCAAACCCUAAGGCCUUUUCCUGUGUAUGCAAGCACUUCCUAGAAAGAUCUAUUGGUUAGCUGGAAAUGAAUAUUGGUUAUUUGGCAACUUUUGAUGCUAUCAGGUGGCCAUAAAUGGCAUGAUAUUUAUUUUACUGGUACCCAGCAUUUGAUUCUAUUUCUCUCUUUAAAUUAUAUCAUUAAAUUAAGGUCUGCAAGUGUUCUGUUUCCUCCCAGACUUUCUAUACCUGCUGUGCCUCUGCUGAGGAGGCUCUGGGUCUCCCUGUCCUAGCCUCGGCUAGGGUCCUCUUAGCAGGUCUGUGAUCUAUGGUCUUCCCAGUCAUUUGGCUUUUCAGUACUUAAUGUGAACUAGGCCUUUUACUUCCAUGGAACAUAAGCCACUCUCUUCUGACCUUGGUUUCUCCUGUUAAUAUGCUCUGGCACACGGAACAAGGGCUCAGGAAUGACCAGCCUCUUCACGGGCUGGUCCCAGGGGUUCUAGCCUUUCUUUUUGAACAGAAAAAUGACUUGCGAUUGGACGUAGUUCCCUUUGAAUAUCAGUUGGACCUAGGGCUGAGGGCGUUCAGAACAGUGAGCCGCCUUCUCAUCCCUGCGUCUAGGACAUGUCCCUCUAUUUAUCGGUGUCACUCUGGCUCUUCCCUUACGAGCUCACAGUAUGGUGGUUAUCUUAGCAACCCCGUUUGCACAGGUUUCCAGUGACUCAGAAGCUAUACUGCCUUUUCUUUGAGAAAGGGUUGAGAUACACUCCUGUUGUGCUCCUUCCUUACCCCAGACUCCUGCCUGCGUUUGUGUGGAACCCAAACCCCAGCACCACACUGUUGAGAUGGACACACUGUAAACCCCUGGGUAAAUGUUAAGUCAUGAUGCAGACUUCAGGUUGUUCUGUAUAAAAUGAAAAAUAAUAAAUGUUUUUAUUAACAAUGCUUGA